AUGUUGGCUAAACGAAAACGGGUCAUGUUAACGCUAAAAGACAAGGUGGAUAUUAUCGAGUGUCUUCAGAACGGCGUAAAAGGUUGUGAGUUAGCGUCUAGGUACAACGUCGGCGCGUCCACGAUUUCGGAUAUCAAAACGAAUAGUGAUAGCAUUUUGGCUUACGCGAAUAGUGAUGUGACGUUGGAAAAGAAAACAAUGAAACAACCGAACACAGAACGGGUGGACGACAGCCUGUACGAUUGGUAUGCUGAUAGGCAGGCCAGCGGGAAAUAUACGUCGCGGAAGAUGCUCUUUGAACAGGCUGCCAAGUUAAGCAAGGAGAUAUUGAAGAAGCCGUUUGUCCCUCAUAAGGCUUGGCUCUCUCGGUUUAAGGCUAAAUACGAUAUCGACGCAGACGUAUAUUACGAAGAUCAAACAGAUAGUGAGGAGGAGGAUCAGAACAUACUAGAGAACGACAGUGAACUAUGGGGUUUCUUCGACAAGGAGCCGACGAACAGAGCCAAGUGUUCCAUGUGUGGUGUUAUCCUGAAACGAGACUCAGACACACUGUACAAACAUCUAAAAGAGAAACACUCGAAGAUUUCUGAGAACCUGGAAUUCAAAGAUGCCGAUGAGAGCUACACCGAAGUCAUCUACCUGGAAGAGCCAGUCGAGGAACAGGAAGACAGGAAACCCAGGGUGCUAUCUGAGGUCCAGCUGCAAGCCAAAAAGCCCCUUAAGCGAAAACAGAGCACAAGGGAAUCCAUCAAGCCGACAACACCACAACCAGAUAAACCAGAUAGUGAAAUUGAUAAUUUUGGACAGUACAUCACCGGGUUGCUCCGGGGCAUCCCAAAGAAGGCCUGCAGCAAGUUGCAAAUGGAUAUAGUGUCCAUGAUAAUGAAUACGAAGCUGAACAUGGAACCGACACCUCCAGAUAUUAAUAUAAAUGAUAGGAAUAUACCGGAGCAAACGGGAGAGAAGGAACAAGAAGAGAACCAAGAAAACCAAGAGUCCUUCGAAGUGCCAAUCGCCAGUAACGACGAAGCCGAAACGGACGCGAGCAAAUCGGAGCCGACCCCAAAACGACCAAAGCGCAGAUUCAGCUACCGCGAAGAGUACACUUGUGACGUCAACGACAGGGACGAGAGGGAGGUGGAGAACUUUGGGAAAUACGUCACUUGCCUACUGAAAACGAUUACGCACAAAGACAUCGGGACCAAGCUACAAAUGGACAUCGUGAAUUUGAUUAUGACCGCUCGCCUACAGUUUUUACAGAAGAACUCACCGAUACUGACGAUAAAUGGGACUAUAGAACUACAGAAUAGGGAGCCGGCGGCCUAG